AGGCAUAGUUUCAGAUGCAUGACACAUAAAAAACAAAUUAUAACAAAUGGAAUCGGCGAUCAGUGAGAAAGGAUCAACUAUAUUACGCGGUUCGCGACAAACACGACGUAGAAGGUCCACAAAUGUAAGCAAAAGACUUUCAGCGGCACCUGUAAGAGCAGCGAUAUCCUUUGAACCGAGGGUCAUACCCCAAAGAGUCUUUCUCUAUAUGCAACUAAAGAAUAUUUCGAAUCUACCGGUGGCAGCUUAUCCACUCGAACUGCAUUUGUAUCAUGUGAAAAAUACAUUGCAAAAGAUGUCGGAGCACUAUACUAAGGAAACGAUUAUCUUUCAGAAUGAGUUCAAAUUGGAAAGACCAGCGUUUGCAAUGGGUAUUAUUCAAGAUAGCAUCGAUGAUAUGAAUAUCUUCAGUGACAAUCCAUUGGUCGUGUCGCUAUAUCAGCGCAUUCCCCGACAUCGUCGAUGUGAACUGAAGACUGUGAUGGAGGUGAGAACAGAUGCCUCAGCUGCUAUCAUGAAGGUGGGCAAACCCAAUAGGAAGCAACGUGAAAAGAUAGUUUUCGGAGAUGCUGCAGGUGAUGAUGCGGAAGCGUGUUUGGACGAGGGAGACGAUGAUAAUGAUGUUUAUAUUGAAGAAAGUCUGGAGUUUAUCUCCCGUGGCCAUUGCGAUCUAUUGCAACUGUUUCAAUGCAAACGCUUCAUCAGCAAUAUUCCCAUUAUGCUCUACGCGGAGUACGAUCGCGUGUUGGAGACAUCGACUAGUCAUAAGAUCACCACGACCAGCGAUUGGCAUAUGUACUCUAUACUGCCGAUCCUUAAGAACUUUCACUUUACAAAUCUGGCAUUCAUCACACUUGAAUCGAUAUACAACGCACCCGAAGAGCUGCAUCAACGUGCCGGACAUCUAGGCAUAAGUCUGUCGAUUCGCUCGACAUUCCUUGACUCGAAUGACGAGUAUCAGGUGAUUCCCUUCUGCACCUUCUAUGGCUUCGUCUCCCAGAUCAUUGCCGAACAGAACACGAUCAUUGUCUGGGAGAGCAUCAAGAGAGAUUUAUUACGAGAAUCGCGUUCGAGCCUUAGCAGCAAUCAAAUGCAGACCAGUUGCAACAUUAAUUUGCCGCGUUUAUUCCGCGAGUUGCUUAAAACCCCAAAUGUGGAUUUGAAGAUUAAUGAAAUCAAUAUACUUUCGGAUUCGGCUCUGGUCAAUAACUCGCUGCAUCGUUAUGUUUUAACCCCUGAGAUGCGGGAGAUUCUCGAGACUGCUGUGGCACACAAUCAGUAUGAAUUCCUCUUGCAACUUUACGAUGAAACUCCUGCCAAUGUUCUCUAUGAGGGCAUCAUUAAUCCAAGCGUGUUUGGCUAUCCCAAUGUCAAUUAUUGUCGAUUUGCCAGCGUGCUUUCUCCCGUGAUGCGGAGGUCAAGAAAAACCUAUAGAAUGACGGAGGUUUCAGAGCCAGAAUCACCCAUGUUUGCCAUUAUGAAAAUCUGUUUCUUUCAAACCUUAACCAAGCAUAACGAGUCCUUGGAUGUUUACAAUGAGAGCCAAAUGAAGACUGCGAAAUUGGGACGCUGCUUGGAUAUGAAAUUCCUUAACAAUGGCGUCAAUAGUUCAGAUAUCAUAAAAGAACUGUAUCGCGCUUUUGAUGAUCUAAUUAAGGAAGUGAUUAGUUUUAUUGUUAGGAACGAUGUGAUGAGCAUUAAUGAUAAACCUCAUAAUCUGUGCUGCCAUUUGGAUAAUCUGAGGAAUCUCCUUGUGGAUAUCUGUGGUUCUGAUUUCAACGCUCGCAUUCAUACCAAGUCCAAUAUUGAGUUUCGCGAAAUGCUGACGCAUAUGCACGAGGAGCUAAUGGAACGCGUUGAGGAGCUGCUGACAGCCUGCAGCUGGGAAAGUCCACGCAAUUGUGUUUUCCACUCUGCAAAUGAACAGAUUCACACCCAACGACUCAUGGAGGAAUAUCGCAACAUGUGCAACACUGGGGAACGUGUGAUGGCCAAGCAGAUGUUUGCCGAACUCAAAACUAGCUGCAACAACCAACUGAUAUUCAAUUUCUAUGUCUUCCUCACUUCCGUCGAGAAUCUGAAUUUUAAUGGGGCCUCAAUCUAUUUACUCAAUCAAAGGGAAAGUAACUGGAAUGGCGAAUACUUUGUUUCACUCUUGGAGCUUUAUGUUAACUAUAAAAUUAGUGUCAAAACUGAGGAGAACGAGGGUGAGGCUUAUAGCAAUCUGUUGGAACAACUGCGAAUUUUCAGCAACCAAAAUAAUUUGGAUCGUGAGGUCUGGGUAUUACUGUAUUGUUUUUACAAGCAAAAGAACUAUAUGUCGGGAAUGGAGUUCACACGUUGGCAGUACGAGAAUCUCUAUGAUGUUCCAGGUAAAUCCAUGCCCCUCUUGCCCCGUUCUCUCUACGAAUCCUUUAUACCUGUCGACUUUGAGCUGAGUGGCAAUAUCAUAAAUGGAAUUAAGUUCUAUGAAGUUUUCAAGACAUUUGCUCGCCUGGGUGCUUAUGGAUUUGCAGAGUUGAUAUUUGCAGAAAUUGCCAGUGAAUUCACGGUUGCCGAGGCAUAUUUGAUAAGUACGACUUUGAAGAUGUUGCAGGGCGGAUUGGACAAAACUUUUCAAAUAAAAAGAUUGCAGACCGACAAAUUGCUGCGUUACUUGCAAGCUCAUGUCAAUGGCAAUGUGGAAUUCUCCCGUCGACGGUAUGAUGAAGCUAUCAAAUACUAUAAGGAUCUGCUGACCAUCAACCUAACCGAAAACGAAAUGCUCUCGAUGUUCUAUACGAGCCUAAUGCGACUAGCGCGUCUGAGUUUCGAAAAUGGAGACUACGAGUUGGCCAAGCAGGCCUAUGAAAUGUGUAUACCCUAUGAUAAAAAGGAGAAAAACUUUUCGGCCAACUAUGGCAUGGGAUUGUCCAUGUACUAUCUGAACAGACUUGAGGAAGCUAUUGAAUAUCUAUCUAGAUGUACGGAGAAUGAAAUCUUCAUGCCCGAUCCAUGGGGAUAUUUGGCCGUUAUCAAUCUGCGUUUGGGUCGCAACAAGUCGGCUUUGGAAUGCUGGAAAGUGGCUAAAAUGUACCCAGAAAUGCCUUUGAAUAACCGCAUCUAUGAUGAGCUGGAGAAAAUUAAAUAUUCUGAAACAUGUUUGUUGGUUGAAGAUGAUUGCAAACCAGCUUAACAAAGGUUUAAAUUGAUUCAUCUGAAAAAUACUGGAGAAACACAUGAGAGAAUACUAAUAUUUUACGUUUUCCCUCCAAUUCUGGUUAAUAUAAUUAUCAGAUUCAAUGAUAACAAUUAUAGCAAGAGUAAGAUAAAUUUACCCUGAUUCGUCA